UUUGCUUUGGCUGGUCAAAAGUCUCAGCGCAAUGGGACGCUAAAUGACACGCCAAGAAUAGAAUAUUUGCAUGCCUACAUUGGGAGUGUUCUUGAUGCUGUCAGGAACGGAUCGAAUACAAGAGGGUAUUUCGUCUGGUCCUUCUUAGAUGGUUUAGAGUUACUUGGUGGCUAUGUACCGCGCUAUGGCCUCCACUAUGUAGAUUUGGAUGAUAAAGAAUUAAGAAGGUUUCCAAAACUUUCUGCAUACUGGUAUGCCAACUUCUUAAAGGGAAAAGGCUCGAGGAACUAUGCAAUUUUCCAAGCAGGGGACAAGCUUCCUAUCUACAAAUCCUAAUUUUGUUACUAAAUUGGUUCUUCUCUAAAAUAAUUUUGCCUGCAAAAGGUGCUAGAUUACCCUUUCAAAUAAUUAGAUGUUACCUACACAAAAUUCUCGUGGGAAGAAAAUAAUAUUCUGUUCGUGAAACCCCACACUCCCAACAGAUUGUCGACUUAUGUCUUGAUCAUUUCAUGGGCACAAUGAGCAUAUAAGCUAUAUGUCAGUCUUAUCUCUGUAGUUUCUCUAACA